UGAUAAGAUCGAGGCUAGGGCAGGCCUCUUGCCGGACGGUGCGGGGCUAGGUUCACCAGGGCCGGAGAUAUUGAGAAGUUCGUGGAGCGCGGGAAGGGUGACGUAAGCAGGGGGCCGGGCCCCGGGCAUAUAAAUACAGCGGCUCUGGGCUUCAUUCAUAAGACUGAGAGCUACGGCCAAGGCUGGGACACGCGGAGCUGGGACUUGAUUGUUGUGGUUCUUCGUCUUGGGGGCUGUGAAAUUCAGUUUAUUUUUUUUCCGGAAAGUUUUUGGAAGGAUUCUUCUAGAUAAUUCUACAUUUUAUUUUGGAGGAUCGACUUACUUUUUUUCGUCUUCCUUAUUACUCCCCUCCCCCUGUGGGACCCGCCGGACGCGUGGAGGGGACCGCACCCGAAGCAGAUUCUGUACAGCAAGACAGAGCUUUCCGCCUCUGGGGGAGCGAUCCCCCCUCGCCCCCGGGUCCUACGGAGCCUGGACUUUCAGGAGGCACAGCGGCAUCUUGUGGGGGCCUGGGCACCGCAAAAGAAUUACACAGAAACUUUGCCUUUGUUGGAGCGGGACGCUGCCCCCCAUCCCGAGUUUCCCCGGACUCUCACCUUUCUUUCCCCCACCCGGCCAUAGCCUUGGCUUCCCGGCGACCUCAGCGUGGUCACAGGGGCCCCCCUGUGCCCAGGGAAAUGUUUCAAGCUUUCCCCGGAGACUACGACUCCGGCUCCCGGUGCAGCUCCUCACCCUCCGCCGAGUCUCAAUAUCUGUCUUCGGUGGACUCCUUCGGCAGUCCACCCACCGCCGCCGCCUCCCAGGAGUGCGCCGGUCUUGGGGAAAUGCCCGGUUCCUUCGUGCCCACGGUCACCGCGAUCACAACCAGCCAGGACCUCCAGUGGCUCGUGCAACCUACCCUCAUCUCUUCCAUGGCCCAGUCCCAGGGGCAGCCACUGGCCUCCCAGCCCACAGCCGUUGACCCCUAUGACAUGCCAGGAACCAGUUACUCCACGCCGGGCAUGAGUGGCUACAGCAGUGGCGGAGCUAGUGGCAGUGGUGGGCCUUCCACCAGCGGAACCACCAGUGGACCUGGGACUGGACCUGGGCCCCGCGCAGCCCGAGCCCGGCCUAGGAGACCCCGAGAGGAGACGCUCACUCCAGAGGAGGAGGAGAAGAGAAGGGUUCGCCGAGAACGAAACAAACUGGCAGCGGCAAAGUGUAGGAACCGGCGAAGGGAGCUGACUGACCGACUCCAGGCGGAGACAGACCAGCUGGAGGAAGAAAAGGCGGAGCUGGAGUCGGAGAUCGCCGAGCUCCAAAAGGAGAAGGAACGUCUGGAGUUUGUGCUGGUGGCCCACAAACCGGGCUGCAAGAUCCCCUACGAAGAGGGGCCCGGGCCGGGCCCGCUGGCGGAGGUGAGAGAUUUGCCGGGGUCAGCAUCCACUAAGGAAGAUGGUUUCAGCUGGCUGCUUCCGCCCCCGCCACCACCGCCCCUGCCCUUCCAGACCAGCCAAGACGCACCCCCCAACCUGACAGCUUCUCUCUUUACACACAGUGAAGUUCAAGUCCUCGGCGACCCCUUCCCCGUUGUUAACCCUUCGUACACUUCCUCGUUUGUCCUCACCUGCCCGGAGGUCUCCGCGUUCGCCGGCGCCCAACGCACCAGCGGCAGUGACCAGCCUUCCGACCCCCUGAACUCGCCCUCCCUUCUCGCUCUGUGAACUCUUUAGACACAAAACAAACAAACACACAAGGGAGAGAGAGAUUUGGAGGAGGAGGAGGAGGAGGAGGAGAGGGGAAGAGACAAAGCGGGCGUGUGGCCUCCCUGCCUCUCCUGUCUGACCCUCCGCUGCCACUGCCAUCGGACAGGAGGACUUCCUUGUGUUUUGUGCCGCCUCUUGUUUCUGUGGCCCGGCGAGACCAGAGAGCUGGUGACUUUGGGGACAGGGGGUGGGGAGGGGAUGGACACCGCCCCCCGGCUGCCUGUCGGCCCUCUCGCUUCAA